AUGGCCACGUCCUCCUUACUAAGGGCUCGGUGUGAGAGGAGCAGGACCCCUGGAGACAUUCUUUGUGAUGCUCUGGAAGAUCUGAUUCAAUAUGACUUUCAGCGAUUUAAGGACAGGUUGUCUGAAUUCCCCAAUAGAAGACAAUCACUCAUCCCACGUGGGCGCCUGGAAGACGCACAUUGUGUUACAACAAAAAAUCUUCCCAUAGAUGCUUAUGGGGAGGAAGCAGCUCUAGAUGUGACUAUAAAAGUCUUCAAGCUGAUCAACCUUAUGGGUCCCGCAGAGGCUCUCCAUCGCAGAGUGACACAGCAUGGCUGCAGAUUAAAAUGUAUGCGUCAUAUUCAAAAUAGAUACCAUCUAAUUGAAGAUUACAACGCAAGGUUGGGGGAAUCAACCAAACUGAAGAAAAGAUUCACCACUCUUUUAUAUAUUAAGAUUCAUCGGGAUGAAGAAGAGAGACAACAUGAAAUAACAGCCUCAGGCCAGAGGCAUUUACAGAUGAUGGCAAACAGAGCUUCAGAUAAAUAUUCCCCAACCACUAUACAAAUUCUCUUUGAUCCUGAAGAAGAUGGAGUUGUUUCUAAUAUUGUGGUGUUACAGGGACCUGCUGGGAUAGGAAAGACUAUGACAUGCCAGAAGAUCAUGCUGGACUGGGCCUCCGGGGAUCUGUAUAAGAACAAGUUUCAGUUUGCGUUCUACAUAAACUGUAGAGAAGUCAGCACUAUCACUGGUAAAAUAAGUCUUGCUGGAUAUCUAUCCAGCUUUUGUGGUCUCAAAUGUCCAUCAGACUUGUUGCAAUCAAUCUUCCUUAACUCUGAAGGAAUACUCUUUAUUGUUGAUGGGUUUGAUGAAUUAAAAUGGUCAUCAACGAAUGACAUGGAGGUUUGUGAUGACCCAUUUCAGGAGAUCUCCAAAGAAAUCCUUCUAAACAGUUUGUUUAGGAAAAAGCUGCUCUGGGACUGUUCAUUAAUCAUUACCACAAGACCAUUCUCAUGGAUGAAAUUGAAGAACCUUCUUGAAUAUCCUCAAUAUGUGGAAAUUCUGGGGUUUACAGGGCUUUAUCGUGAAGAAUAUUUCUAUAAUUUCUUUGAAAGAAAAGAGCAAGCAUACCUGGCUUUUAGUACAGUUAAGGACAAUGAUACUCUGCUUACUCUGUGUGUUGUCCCUCUAACUUGCUGGAUUCUAUGUACUGUAAUGAAACAGCUACUGAAAGAGGGAUCGUUGAUAAUUGAAUGUAAGACUUCCACAUCAAUUUACCUGUUGUACCUAAAGACGUUAAUAGAUUUCCACAGAAGGAACUCAGCCCAGUCUACAAACACAUGUAUACAGAAGUUGUGUGCGUUGGCCAUCGAAGGAGUUUGGGACCAGAGAACUCUAUUUGAAGAAUCAGAUCUUGUAAGACAUGGACUCUCUGUGUCAGAGCUGGAGUCUGUGUUUUUGAGUGAGAACAUCUUCCAAAGGGAAGUUGGGACCUACACCUGCUACAGCUUCAUCCAUCUGAGUGUGCAGGAGUUCUUUGCUGCUCUCUACUAUGUCCUGGAUAAGAAAUCAGUGAAUACAAUUGUUGACUUUGAAAUUAGGAAAGUGAAAGACUUACUGGAGGCAUCAGAAGAUCAGCCACAUCUAACAGUAACUAUACUGUGCUGCCUAUAUGAGACACAGGAUGAGGACUUCGUCAAGAGUAUGAUGUCUCACUUUCCAUUUGUGGAAAUUAAAGGAUUCCUUAAUGUUAUAAAAAAGGACCAGGAGAAUUUUAGUUGCUGGGCUGUAGCCUACUGCUUGGAGAGAAGUACAAUAGGACAUUCGGUUUAUUUGGAGCUCUAUACAAUAGGACCAAAGGCUCGGAUGGUUCUAUCUAAAGCACUUUCUAAGUGUUCACAACUUUGUUUCAAGACCUGUGGAUUCCCAGAUACAGAAGACGACAUAGAUGAGAGUGAAACCAGUUUAUCUGGUUUGUUUAAAGACUGUCAGAUGGACGAAUUGCUGUUUCUGGACUGUGCUCUGACCUCCUCCUGCUGUAAUGAUCUCCGCUCUGUUAUUACUACAAACCGCUCUCUGACCACACUGGCCCUCUCUAGGAAUGCUCUGGAGGACUCUGGAAUAAAACUUCUGAGUGAGGGUCUAAGAUCUUCAGCCUGUGCCAUAGAAGAGGUUUGUUUUGAUGGCUGUGGUCUGACCUCGUCCAGCUGCAAUGAUCUCUGUUCUGUUCUUAUUGCAAACCGCUCUCUGACCAGACUGGACUUGUCAGAGAACAAUCUAAGGGACUACGGAGUAAAACUUCUGUGUCAGGGACUGAGACACCCAGCGUGUACCUUAGAAGAACUUAGGUUACGGUGUUGUGGUCUGACCUCCUCCUGCUGUGAUGAUCUCCACUCUGUUCUUAUUACAAACCACUCUCUGACUAGGCUGGAGCUGUCAUGGAACAUUCUGGAAGACCGUGGAUUUAAACGUCUGUUACAGCACUGUGCUCUGACCUCCUCCUGCUGUAAUGAUCUCCGCUCUGUUCUUAUUACAAACCGCUCUCUGACCAGACUGGAGCUGGCAUGGAACAAACUGAUGGACUCUGGAGUAAAACUUCUGUGUGAGGGCCUAAUGCAUCCAGACUGUACCCUGGAGGAACUAAUGUUAAAGUUCUGUGGUCUGACCUCCUCCUGCUGUGAUGAUCUCCGCUCUGUUCUUAUUACAAACCGCUCUCUGAUCUCAUUGAAUAUGUCAUGGAACCACCUGCAGAACAAUGGAAUAAAACUUCUGUGUGAGGGACUGAAACAUCCAAACUGUACACUACUGGAACUUAAGUAA